AGUAUUUUGUUGUCCUUAGUUGAGUUGUAACUUUGUGAUUGUUCUUAUUGUAUCUCCUAAACUGCUUAGCCAGAAGCGUUGAUUAGGAACCCUUUUGUAAAAUUCGUAAACUCUCUGAGUUUAUGUUGUGACUAGGUUUAGUCAUAAGUUAAAGUCUUUGUAACUAGAUAGUGACAAAGUGGCUUGUGAUAAGAGUAUCACAAGUUAGUUACAGUCUUUGUAACUAGAGAGUGACAAAGUGGCUUGUGGUGAGAGUACCACAAGUUAGUUGAGUUGAAUUCUAUGUAAUUGAGUCAUUACAAAGUGACUUGUAACGGGUGUUUAAAAGUUAGUGAAGUUGAAAGCCUGCAGGUGUAGGUUGUGGUUUUUGUCCCUUUAAGUUGGGAUUUUUCCACAUAAAAAUCCUGUGUCUCAUUUAUUUACAACUUUAUUAGCAUUCUCAACAUAACAUCAUAGAGGACCAACUAUUCUACUGAUUGGUGGACUUAUACAAACUAAACACCGUUAUUUUUGUUUAAAUUGGUUAAAACAUCAAAACUUUUCGAAUAAAGAUUUCCACCAAAACACACUCUCAUGAUGUUUUAAUGGAAAAUAAUUAGAUCUUGCUACUCCAGUUUCCACCAUAUAUGAACUUUAACUUUGACUUUUUAAAACAAAAAGAAAAAACUCUAUCCCCCAACCCCCAAAAAAAAGAAGAUAAAAUAAAAAUAGUACUCUCUAAAUUUCAAUUUAUGUGAAUCAAUUUUGACCACAUAAUUUAAGAAAAAUGAGAACGUUUGAACUUAUGAUUUAAAAUAAAGCAAAUCAUAUAUAUAUUGUGUCUCUAUAAAUUAUUAUGUAAAAAUAAUUUUCAAAUAUAAAAAGAUCAUUAUUUUAGACAUGAACUAAAAAGAAAAUAAGAACAAUCAAAAUUAAAACGGUGGGAGUAUGUACGGACAUAUAAUUAAAUUAAAAGCAAAAAAGUGAGAGUAACACGGACAAUAUUCACGGAAAAGUGACGCCCCUCGUGAAAUAGCCAUAGGGGUGAGCCAAUCCCCAUCUUCCUCCCACAAUCUGCCAGUCCUUUUUAAGUAUUACUCCCACCAUUUUCAGCUCCCACAAAGCAAAGUUACAGAAUUAAAUAGAAUCAGAGAACAAGAGAGGGUCCAGACCAUUAGAAUCGAACAAUCAUCAUGCCAUCAGGUGCCAAGAAGCGUAAAGCUGCCAAGAAAAAGAAGGAAUUGCAAGCAAAGGACCCUUCCAACUCUCAUGGAGAAGACCUAAAGCAUGAUGGAUCCGAGAGCCUGAACAUAAAUAUUGAGCAUGUUGAAUCCGGGAAAGAACCUUCUGAAAAAGGCUCACGGAGGAGUUCCAGUAGUAGUAGUAGCAGCAACUGCUGCAGUAGCAGCAGUUCGGAUGAAAAACCUGCUGUUGUUGACAAGAAUUUCUUGGUUGAUAAUGCUCCACCUGUUGAAUUAGUGAAGGAACCUGAUUCUUUUGCUAAUGACCAAGUCGUUGAGAACCUUCCAGGAGCAGAUGCUCGUAAAUCAAUUGUGGAAACAGCCUCUUUAUCUGACACAAUUCAAGUGACAACGGGUUCAUCUAAUACUGAUAAUGUGAAAUCACACACUGCGGAACCGGCAAUGAAGGAAAAUUUGGGUUUUGUGGAUGGAAAAGCCACGGUUUCAGAAGUUCUGCUGGAAUUAGAGAAAAGGAUUGAUGAAGCAAGUGAAACAUUGCAUGAUGGUGCUAUAGCAGCUUCAGAUGCAAAAGUCUCCACGUUCAAAGAAGAUGAAGAGAAACUAGAACUGUCUUACAAUGCUCCUACAGUUGAUGCCACUGUUCAUCCAGAUAAUGUGAAAGAGACUCCCACUCACGAAUGCUAUGAGCAUCAGUGGCUUUGGCUCCGCGACCAGUGCAAACAACUUCCUGGAAGAAUUGCUGUGGCUUAUUUGAGGUUUUUGCAGGAUCAAAUACAUAACUUUAGGGACCAAGAUGGGGGGAUGCUCUGCUACCUUGUUAAACUCCAUUUCAUACUCCGUAACUGUCAUCAUACGAGGUUUUCAAAUACACGCCUGAGUUCAUCCUGUUGGCUGCUGGGCAGGAACCUUUCCAUGAAAGCCUGUGUGAACUGUGGCCAAGAGAUUGAUGGUAGAUUCAGACCUCUGCUCUUCUUGUAAGUUCUCAACCAUCUUUCAGCUUGAGUCAACUGCUACCCAACCUGCUCAAUAGCCUGAGUAUCCAGACAACCUACUGAAAUAAAUAUUUCUUCAAUUUUCUCCAAAAAUUGCAUUCGCUGCUUUUGGGUCCAUGCAUGUGAAGGUGGGAGGGUGAAGCCCAGUGAAGUCUCGUGACUUAACUCUAGCUCAGGGUUGUAAAUAGCGCUUGCCUCAGCGGUAAUAGUGUGAGGCGAUGCGAUGUGAUGCAUGCCUCUGGCGCUAUUUGCCUCUGUUGUGUGGCGAUAUCAAAAAGGCGAGCGCCUCUGCUUGAGUAGUGAGAGACGUUGGGUAGCGAAAGGCACCAGCAGCGAUGCUUUUUUGAAAAAAGGAAAAGAAAAAGGCCGCGAUUGUCGGCGAUUAAAAUAUAAAUUAGGGCUUGAGUUCGUCGACCCAGCCCCACAGCAAAGAAGCAAACAAGAUUUCCUCUUUCUUCUUCAAGUUUCUUCGAUCAGGACAUCAGGUAUGCUUCUCUUUUCUUCUUUCUUCUUCUCCUUUCUUUUCCUUCUUCAAGUUUCUACCUUUAUCCAUUUUCUUUCUUUCUUCUUCUUCUUUCUUUCUUUCUUUUUUCUUCUUUCUUCAUUCUUCUUUCUUUCUUCUUGUUCUCCUAUUUUUUUCCGCUGGGUUGUUUUCGAGCGAGCAGUGGAGAGCUUUUUAGAGCAUUCUUUCUUCCUUCCUUCCUUCCUUUUUCUUCUUCUCUUAUAUUUUUUUUUUUGCUCUGUUUUUCUCAAUUCCAUCACCGUUUUUUCGGGCAGAGGCAGACUGGCAGAGAGCUUACUUCAAACCUGAAUUUUUCUCCUUUUUUCAGUUAUAGAGUAGAAUUAAUUGUAUAUUGGCUCGAUACUUUCUUCCUAUAAAACACUUUGAAAGCUAGGUUAAGCCAGCAGUUGCAGCAAACACAGUGCCGACUUCGUUUACAAUGUUGCUUCUCUUAGCUUUUCUGGUCUAGUUUUUGGUUUCACUGAUGUCAUGGAUCAAAAUCAGUCACCGGAUGAAGAAGCUCGUGUAUCUGCCGCAGGCUCGAAAUUGUUGAAGAAGAAGCUCGUGUAUUUCUUUUAUGCCUUCUAGUUUUUCCUUUUACACUUAUCACAAAUUUAUUCGUUUAUUGCCACUGGCUUGUAUACUACAGUCUACACGCUAUUUGUUUUUUGGACUGGAUAUUUUUAAAGUGUUCAAUAUUUCAAUUGGUCAUAUAUUUA